CGAACGAGGACGGACUGACACCACGCCUCUCUCUCUCUCUCCCGGACUAGAGAGCGAGAGGGAGAGAGACACAAAAACCCCAUACAAAUAAAUGCGUUAAUAGAAAAACACGAUACUGAGAGAUAAAAACAAGGGGAAAAAAAGGAAGCUGUGCAAUACUUUAAUAAACUGUAAGGAAAAGUUUGAGAGGAAAAAAGAAGGGAAAAAGUUAUAAGAGAACUUUAUGAGAUAUUACAAGAAAGUUAUUCACGUGUAUUAAACUACUGAGUCUUGGUGAUUGGAGGGAGUGACGGCCAGGGAUUGGUUAGUAGACUCGUACCCUCGUGCCCCAGUGUCCCAGUGCCCGCGUGUCUCGUGCCUCGCUGGGAGUUACAAGGGAGUGGGUGGGCGUGAGGCGAGCAGGCCGCGGGGUGAUGGGCGGCGCGGGCGUGAAUGUGUCAGGAGGUCACUGAGCCUUGGUGACCCGUGAACAUGAUCCGUGACGCCCUCCCGAGACUCAUCUUCCUGCUGCUGCUUCUCCUGCUGCUGCUGUGUCCCUCCCCCGCUCCAGGAGAGGGAGGGGAGGAGGACGAGGAAGAGGAGGCGGACGAAGAGCGGCAGAGACGGGAGGACAGACAAGAAGCGGUGAAGGAAGAGAAGGAACAGGAGGUGGCGGACAGGCAGAAGGAAGAAGAGGAAGAGGAGGAUGGGCCGAAGAUCACAUGGGGGCAGAGCGCAGACACAGAUCCAGAUAUGGUGUACUUUGAUCAUGAUAACCUGACGAACCUGACGGUGAUAGUGGGUCACCGCGCCGCCCUUCCCUGCAGAGUGCUUAACCUCAACAGCAAAGACGGGCAGCAGGUGUCGUGGAUCAGACAGAGGGACCUGCACAUCCUGACGGUGGGCAUCUACACCUACACCGCCGACGACAGGUUCAAGGUGGUUCACGCGACGGAGAGUGAUGAGUGGACCCUUCAGAUCAACCCCGUGGCCUUCAGGGACGCCGGCGUGUACGAGUGUCAGGUCUCCAGCAGCCCUAAGAUAUCCCUGCCCAUCAGCCUCAGCGUGGAAGCACAGAAGGCGCGAAUCGAGGGUCCUGCUGAGGUGUACAUACAGAACGGAUCCACUAUUCGUCUCACCUGUAUUGUCAACACUCACUACGACAACGUGGGGAUCGUCAGCUGGUUCAGGGACACCCACAGACUUGACUACGAUUCUCCAAGGGGCGGGGUGAGCAUUGAGAUCGAGAAGACCCCCACCCACACCACCUCCAAGCUCUUCAUCACACCUGCGCUGCGGGACUCCGGAAACUACACAUGUGGCCCGCAGUGCGCCGCGCCCGCCUCCGUUCUCGUGCUGGUGGUUAACGGGGAAGAAUCUGCCGCGGUACACAAGGCGGGUUCGUCAGCGGCACGGCCUGACCCAAGGGUGGUGUGUUGCUGUCCCCUCAUGCUGCUGCUGCUGCUGCUGUUGUCUCUCCCCCUGCAGCAAUGCGCCCGGUGACCCCGCCCCAUGCCUUCCUUCCUCAAAAUAUCAAGAACAUGAGCGGCAAGAGGAACAAACACACGCGGACGCAGACACUGACAAACAGCCAUCAUUUCCCUGCUGCACCGGUGAGGACAGGCGGUAACAACAUCCAACAAUAUAUUCACAGCAUUUUUAUGUCGCCUAAACGCAGGUGUCGGCGCCCAGCACACUCACCUGACCCGGAUAAUGACGAGGAUUCUACACCUGGCAUGCGCUGCUGGUGGUGGUGGUGGUGGUGGUGGUGGUGAUGGUGGUGGUGGUGGUGAUGGUGGUGGUGCUGUAUGAAAUAUAAUUUUCUGUGGUUUUGUAAUGUGGUGUGGUGUGGUGUGGUGUGGUGUGGUGUGUGUGUGUGUGUGUGUGUGUGUGUGUAUGUGUAUGUGUGUGUACUCAUAUGUAAUAUAAUAUGCUGAGUGAAUCUAUUUCUGUGUAUGUGUAUGUGUGUGUGUGUGUGUGUGUGUGUGUGUGUGUGUGUGUGUGUGUGUGUGUGUGUGUGUGUGUGUGUGUUCGUGGAUGUGCGCGUGCGUGCGUGCGCGUAUGUUUUUCCCGGACUACGAGAUAAAAGGUCUUGAGACAAAAGAAGAAAGAAAAAAAAGGAACAAAGAAGAAAAACUGCAGAAAAUAAAAAAAAAGGAUGGAAAAUGAAAAAAAAAAACUAAGACGACGAACAACAACAACAACAACAGCAACAACAACAACAACAACAACAAAUCAUCAACAACGACGACAACAACAACAAUACACACCCACCCACAAACGUACACGCAAAAUAUAAGAAAAGCCCCCACGAGACCUCCAAGCAACACAAGGCACCAACCAAGUCCCUCGAGAAACGUUCCAACGACGCCAGGGAGAAGGGAACGUUUGUGAGGCAGGAAUAUAUAUAUUUUUUUGGUGGUAAGGAAGAGGAAGAGGGAGAGGGAAAGGAAGGGGGAGGAAGGGGUAGAGUAAAAGGUGUACUGCUGGACAUGAAACAAAAUCAUAAGCGUUCCCAGUCAUGUGUUAGAGAGAGAGAGAGAGAGAGAGAGAGAGAGAGAGAGAGAGAGAGAGAGAGAGAGAGAGAGAGAGAGAGAGAGAGAGAGAGAGAGAGAGAGAGAGAGAAACCUCCAACGAUUUCACUUUUAGAGUAGACAACUGACGAGAGAGUGAGAGAGAGAGAGAGAGAGAGAGAGAGAGAGAGAGAGAGAGAGAGAGAGAGAGAGAGAGAGAGAGAGAGAGAGAGAGAGAGAGAGAGAGAGAGACCUACAG